AUGAAGUCAGGUCGGGGAGGUAGCGGUGCCAAGAAGCCUGGCGUUUCCGCUGCUGCUGACGGCCGCGGUCAACGGUCCAUUGCCUCGUUCUUCGGAGGCAAGGACCAAUCAGGAACCGCGGGGAAGGCUUUACCUGGGGGCGGCCAGAGGUCCAUCUCCUCGUUUUUCGGUGCAAAAGGGAAGGCUGCUGCUGUUGGUGGUGGUGGUGGUGGAGGUAAAUCCGAGGUCGAGGGUUCGAAUCCCAGUGCAGUGGAUAAAGCAAGCGAGGAGUUGAAGGAGACGGCAUUGAAGAAGAAAGAGCCUUUAGAGUCAGCAGCAGCAGCAGCAGAUUCUCCAGUACCCACACAGACUGCUAAAGGGGCUGUUGAAAACGGGGAUGGAGCAGUGGCAUCUGCAGGGAAAGAAGACUCCCGCGCUGAGCAGGCAGUGGCGGAGGAAGCUUGGGGGGAAGAGAUGGCGGACGCGGAAGCAGUAGGGGGAAGGGAAGGCGGAGGGGGAAGCGCAGGAGGAGGAGCAGGGGAAGCAGUGACUGGCGGAGCUGGCGCGAGGCGGUUGAAGCGGCUUAGGAAGGUUGGGGAGGGGGCGCGGGGAGCGGGGAAAGGAAGAGAGGAAGGGGCAGGUGAAGGAGAAGAGAUUGUGGCGGUGGGUGGAGGGACAGGGGAGGUGGGAGAAGGUGCAAAGAAGGCAAGGCAUGAGACGGGGAGUAUCGGGGUUGAAGGAGGCGAUAAGGGGAAGGAAUCCGCUGCUGCAGCUGCCGCCGCCACCGUUGCUGCUGCUGCUUCUGCUGCCGCUGCCAAAGCUUCUGCGUCUGCUGUCGCUGCUGCUGCUGCUGCGGCUGGUAAAGGGGCUUCCACUCCUGCCGUCACACCGAAGUCGCCACCUGGUGCCAGAGGAAGGAAGAAAGCAGCAGAUACAGCUAGUAAAGCAGCAGAUACAGCUAGUAAAGCAGCAACUGACGCACCUGCUGCUGCUGCUGUGGCCACGGCUGAGUUAGCAGCUGAGGGAGGGAAGAAAAAGAGCACUCGUCGCAGGACCAGCAGCAGAAGCAGCAGCAGCAGCAGCAGUGACAGCAGCGGCAGUAGUGGCAGCAAGGGUGCGGCAUUAUCCGCCAGUAGCAGCAGCACCAGUGACGGUGCUGACGUGGACAGUGACAUGGACAGUGCCAGCAGUGACCUGGCAGAGCCACCUGUCGACGCAGCCGCAGGAGCGGAGGAAGCAAAAUCCGCCUUUGACGCCCUAAAGCAAGCUAAGGGACGCACGGAAACGAAAGCCAAGAGAAAAAACAGGGGAAAAGGGGCCGGGGCAGGAGGCGCAGGAGGAGGAGGAGCAGGCGAUGGGUUGGUGGCGCUGGCAGCGAAGCUGGUGCAGUAUGAUCCGGUGGCAGCUGCCACUUGGAAGAGCGGCGAGCGGGUGCCCUUCCUCUACCUCGCCCAGGCGCUUGACAGAAUAUCCAACGAAUCUGGACGGCUGGCGAUCACGGAGAUCAUGUGCAACGUGUUCCGCACAGUCAUGGCCACGUCACCAGACGACCUGCUGCCCAUCGUGUACCUGGCGGCCAAUCGCGUCGCGCCACCUCACGAGGGCGUGGAGCUGGGGAUUGGCGAUGCGACCAUCAUCCGCGCUCUGGCUGAGGCGACCGGGAGGAAGGAGGCGGUGGUUAAGUCGGAGUACAAGGAGUGUGGCGACCUGGGGCUGGUGGCGAAGGCCAGCCGCACCAUGCAGCGCAUGAUGAUGCAGCCGGCGCCACUCACGUGCCACAAGGUCUUUGAAGCCUUCCGAUUCAUCGCCAAGGAGUCAGGCAGUCAGAGUGUGGAGAAGAAGCGGGCGCGGAUAAAGCAGCUGCUGGUGUCGGCGCGGCAGCAGGAGCCGCAGUUCAUAGUGCGCCUGCUGCAGGGCAAGAUGCGCAUCGGCCUCGCAGAACAGACGGUGCUCGCCGCCCUGGCUCAGGCUGCUGUCAUGCACGAGGACUUCCGAGAGGGCACCGGUGUUGCUGCUGGUGAUGCUGCCGCUGCUGCUGCUGGUGCUGCUGGUGCUGGUGGUGGUGGUGCGGGUGGUGACGAUAAGGAUGGGGGCAAUAAGGAGGGUGGGGAUGGGGCUGCUGCGGCAGUUGGGAGAGGAGGGGAUGGGGGGACGGAGGGAGAGGUUGAGGAAAAAUGGCCGGGGAAGGAGAGUCAAGGAGGAAAGGUGCUUUCAAAGAGGGAAAAACUGGCUCGACUGCCGGGAAGACUAGAAGAGGCAGUGCGCAUCAUGAAGCAUGCGUACUCAGUCCUCCCAGUUUACGACCAAGUUGUUCCAUCCCUAUUAAGAGACGGCAUAUGGGCCGUUCCCGAGGCGUGUCAGUUCACCUUGGGAGUGCCGGUGGGGCCCAUGCUGGCGAAGCCCACACGGGGGAUAUCGGAGAUUCUGGACAAGCUGCAGGGGUUGACGUUCACGUGCGAGUAUAAGUACGAUGGGGAGAGGACGCAGGUGCAUGGGCUAGCGGACGGUACAGUGCAGAUCUACAGCCGCAAUGCGGAGUGCACCACGGGCAAGUUCCCCGACCUCGUACAGGCUGUUCAGAAGCACAAGAAAAGUCACGUGCAGACGUUUGUAUUGGAUGCAGAGGCAGUGGCGUAUGACAGGGAGAGCGACAAAAUUCUGCCCUUCCAGGUGCUCAGCACGCGGGCGCGGAAGGGCGUCAUCAUGAGCGACAUUAAAGUGCAGGUGUGCAUGUUCGCAUUUGAUCUACUCUACCUCAACGGCCAGCAGCUGCUCACAGAGAAGCUCGUGCGGCGGAGAGAGCUUCUGCUGGAGUCGUUUGAGCCGGCCAAGGGCGAGUUCCAGUUCGCGACGGCCAUCACGACCAGCAAGGAGGAGGAGCUGCAGGCGUUCUUUGACGACGCUGUCAACCACAGCUGCGAGGGCGCCAUGGUGAAGACCCUGGACGUGGAUGCCACAUACGAGCCGGCCAAGAGGAGCAACAACUGGCUCAAGCUCAAGAAGGACUACAUGGAAGGGCUGGGCGACUCCUUGGACCUUGUGCCAAUCGGGGCGUUCCACGGCCGUGGCAAGCGAACAGGUGUGUUUGGCGCGUUCCUCCUGGCGUGCUACGACCCGGACACGGAGGAGUACCAGUCCAUCUGCAAGACGACAUUCAGAUCCCGUUCCCUUGUUUAA